AUUGUGAACAGACAGCGUUUGUCCCUCAAGUUAAAUCUAAAUACCAAUUGAAAAAUGUAAUUAUCAAGAGAUUUAAAAAAAAACAAAACUUUUUGUCUUAAAUUUAGUAGAGAAAGUGGGAUAUCUCUUGUUUUGACUGGCAUAAACAGGUCUAUGGCCUAAACAAUUGGUUUAAACCUUGUUUGAGAUUCCUGCUUAUUUUAGCAUGGCGGCGCUUGGAGUUCACAGAACUCUCCUUUUGGUAAUUUCUCUGACAAAGUGUCUGGAGGGCACAAAACUGCUGGCAGACUUUAAAAAAUGUGGUGACUUGGAAUGUGAAACUUUAAUAAGCAGAGUCUUAGCCAUGAGAGAUUACAGAGGACCUGACUGCCGAUACCUGAACUUCACUAAGGGAGAAGAGAUAUCUGUUUAUGUUAAACUUGCAGGAGAAAGAGAAGAUUUGUGGGCAGGAAGUAAAGGAAAGGACUUUGGAUAUUUUCCCAGAGACGCAGUCCAGACUGAAGAGGUGUUCAUAUCUGAGGAAGUUCAGAUAUCAACUAAAGAAUCUGAUUUUCUUUGUCUUCUUGGAGUAAGCUACACAUUUGAAAAUGAAGACAGUGAUGGCAAAAACAUAUAUCCUUAUGAAGAAGAUAAAGACCAAAAAUUAAGUGUAUAUGAAAAUGAUUUUCAGACAGAAUCUGGAUUUUAUUCAACUUCUGAAAGUAUUUUGUUGGAAGAUCAAUUUCCAGCAUUGGAGGCUCCUGAAGAUAUCAGAAGUUCUAGUGAAUCAAAAGAUUGGGAAGAAUUGGAAGCUGGAAAUCUGGAAGAGGAUUCUAUUCCUGAAGUGGUUCAUAUCCCACCAUCUUCAACUGUGUCUGAAGUGAAAGGAUGGUUUGGAUUUGGAAGAGAACAAGCUAAAGGAAAGACUUUUGAAUCAGUUGUUGAGCCUCUACAAGAAAGUUCAUUUCCAAGCAGAAAAGUAGCAGGAAAAGAUGAGAAUGACCUAGAGGAAUUAAAUAAUGAUGAGCCCCAGACAGAACAAAAUCAAGAACCAGAAUCGGAAUUCAAUUCAGUGCCAAAGAAACAGUCUGAACUAGGUUCCAUCAGUCCUCAAGCCACUGGUUGGUUUGGGGGUGGUUUUACAAGUUAUUUAGGUUUUGGAGGUGAGGAUACAGGGCUUGAAUUAUUGCCCGAAGACAGAAGUUCACCACUACAUGAUGCUCCUAAUUCCAUACCAUCUGAGGAAGAAUCUACAGUUCCAUGCACAGAAACAUUAACAGAAAAAGAAGACACAAUCACCAAUGAUAGCUCAAUUCUCAAACCAAAUUGGUUUGAUUUCGGUUUUGGUAUGCUAGGCUUUGUAUAUACCAAUGAAGAUAAAAUUAUGUCAGAUGAUGGAAAAAGUGAAGAAGGAAGUGGAGGAGAUAAACAUGAACAUCUUCCAGAAAGUAAAUUUGACCCUGAUAAGGAACAAGAAAUAAAAACAAUAAAAAUUAUAGAAACUGAAGAUCAAGUAGGGAAUGAAAGAGUCUUAGAGAAAACAGAUGAUUCUGAUACAUUACCAUAUUUUAAAAAUUUCUUAUAUAAUUUUGACAAUCCUUGGAACUUCCAGGACAUUCCGAAGGAAACAGAAUUGCCAUCUCCCAAACAGAUGCAGGAUGAAAAUAAUGUAGUUGACAAUGAUGAAACAGAAGAAUUUUCAGUUGAAAAUUAUCAAACAGAUAAUAUGAAAGUUAUGAUGCUGAAAAGCAGAUACAGUCAGUCAGAUAUGGUAUCUGAAAUAGAGUUAACCACAAGAAUUAAUAAGGAAGUACAUUUCGAAACUCCAUCUUCUAAAAAUAAUGAUGAAAAAUCAAAAACAUCACUGGAUACUGAAGGACCUACCAGGCAGGAAAUAGACAGAUCUGUGGAAAAUACCCUGCCAAACAAUCAAAUGUUUUCAACUGAUUACUCUCUGUCUUCUCAAAAUUAUAUUGCUCAAAAAGAAGAUGCUUCUGAGUAUCAGAUUCUGAAAUACUUAUUUCAAAUUGACAUUUAUGAUUUCAUGAAUUCUGCAUUUUCAUCAAUUAUAAUUCUUACAGAAAGGGUUGUGGCAGUGUUGCCUGAAGAUAUGAGACCAGGUCCUAAUCCCUAUGGUUUCCCAUGGGAAAUGGUAAUAUGUGCAGGUGUUGUUGGAAUUUUUGCUGUUCUCUUGUUUUUGUGGAGAAGUUUUCGAUCGGUUAGAAGCCGGCUUUAUGUGGGAAGAGAGAACAAGCUGGCUAUAGAACUUUCUACACUGCUUGAUGAAAAAUGUAAACUACUUGAAAAAUUUAGCCUUGUUCAGAAAGAGUAUGAAGGCUUAGAAUCAUCUUUGAAGGAUGCCAGCUUUGAGAAGGAGUCAACAGAAGCGCAAAGUUUGGAGUUUGUUGAAGGAUCACAAAUAUCAGAGGCAGUCUAUGAAAAGCUGAACAGCUCUAAAUCUGAACUUGAGGAUGAAAUACUUUUUCUGGAAAACCAAUUAAAAGAAGAGAAAUCUAAGCAUUCUGAACAAGAUGAAUUGAUGGUGGAUAUUUCAAAAAGGAUACAGUCUCUAGAGGAUGAAUCAAAAUCUCUCAAAUCACAAGUGGCUGAAGCCAAAACGACCUUCAAAAUAUUUCAAAUGAAUGAAGAACGACUUAAGAUAGCUAUAAAAGAUGCUUUGAGUGAAAAUUCCCAACUUCAGGAAAGCCAGAAACAGCUUUUACAAGAAGCUGAAGAAUGGAAAGAACAAGUGGGUCAACUUAAUAAACAGAAAAUAACAUUUGAAGAGUCCAAAGCAUAUGCAGAGCAAGUUCUGUAUGAUAAAGAAAAUCAGAUCAAGUCUCUGACUGAACGUUUGAUAAAGAUGAAAGAUUGGUCUGCUGUGCUUGGAGAAGACCUAACAAAUGAUGAUAACUUGGAAUUGGAAAUGAAGAGUGAAUCAGAAAAUGGUAUGCAGUUGGAUAAUCAACCAAAAGGAGCUUUGAAGAAACUGAUUCAUGCUGCUAAGUUAAAUGCAUCUUUAAAAACCUUAGAAGGAGAAAGAAACCAAAUUUACAUUCAAUUAUCUGAAGCAGAUAAGACAAAGGAAGAGCUUACAGAAUGUAUUAAAAAUCUCCAGACUGAACAAGCAUCUUUGCAGUCAGAAAAUACACAAUUUGAAAACGAGAAUCAAAAGCUUCAGCAGAAACUUAAAGUAAUGACUGAACUGUAUCAAGAAAAUGAAAUGACACUUCACAGGAAAUUAACAGUAGAGGAAAAUUACCGAUUAGAGAAAGAGGAGAAACUUUCCAAAGCAGAUGAAAAGAUCAGUCAUGCAGCUGAAGAGCUGGAGACCUAUAGAAAGCGAGCCAAAGAUCUUGAAGAAGAAUUGGAGAGAACCAUUCAUUCUUAUCAAGGGCAGAUUAUCUCCCAUGAGAAAAAAGCACAUGAUAAUUGGUUGGCAGCUCGGACUGCUGAAAGAAAUCUUAAUGAUUUAAGGAAAGAAAAUGCUCACAGUAGACAAAAAUUAACUGAAACAGAGUUUAAAUUUGAACUUUUAGAAAAAGAUCCUUAUGCACUUGAUGUUCCAAAUACAGCAUUUGGCAGAGAGCAUUCCCCAUAUGGUCCCUCACCAUUGGGUCGACCUUCAUCUGAAACGAGAGCUUUUCUCUCCCCUCCAACUUUGUUGGAGGGUCCACUCAGACUCUCACCUUUGCUUCCAGGGGGAGGAGGAAGAGGCUCAAGAGGCCCAGGGAAUCCUCUGGACCAUCAGAAUACCAAUGAAAGAGGAGAAUCAAGCUGUGAUAGGUUAACUGAUGCCCAUAGAGCACCUUCUGACACUGGGUCCCUUUCACCUCCAUGGGAGCAGGAUCGUAGGAUGAUGAUCCCUCCAUCAGGCCAACCAUAUCCUGAUCCAUCUCUUCCUCCACAAAGGCAAGACAGAUUUUAUUCUAAUUCUGGUAGACUGUCCGGACCAGCAGAACUCAGAAGUUUUAAUAUGCCAUCUUUGGAUAAAUUGGAUGGGCCAAUGUCUUCAGAAAUGGAAUCCAGUAGAAAUGAUAGCAAAGACGAUCUUGGUAAUUUAAAUGUGCCUGAUUCAUCUCUCCCUGCCGAAAGUGAAGCAACUGGCCUUGGCUUUGUUCCUCCACCUCUUGCUCCAAUCAGGGGUCCAUUGUUUCCAAUGGAUACAAGGGGCCCCUUCAUGAGAAGAGGUCCUCCUUUUCCUCCACCUCCUCCAGGGAGCAUGUAUGGAGCUUCCCGAGAUUUUUUCCCACCAAGGGAUUUCCCUGGCCCACCACAUCCUCCAUUUGCAGUGAGAAAUGUCUAUGCACCGAGAGGUUUUCCUCAUUAUCUUCCCCCGAGAGCUGGAUUUUUCCCCCCACCCCCACAUCCAGAAAGUAGAAGUGAGUUCCCAUCAGGGUUGAUUCCACCUUCAAAUGAGCCUACUACUGAACAUCCAGAACCACAACAAGAAACUUGACAAUAUUUUUGAUGUCUCUUCAAAAGUAAUUUUGACUUCUCUCUCAUUUUCAGUUUAAGUAACUUCUGUUACUUAAGUAAUUAUACUUUUGCUCAAAUUGAAGCUUAAUGGAAUUUUAAUUCUCAGGAUAGUAUUUUGUAAAUAAAGAUGAUUUAAAUAUGAAUCUUAUGAGUAAAUUAUUUCCUUUUUAUUUUAUUCUAGAUAGUAUAAUUAUUUUAAUUUGAUUAAUGAAUUCACUAUCACAUAAACAAUAAUGGGAGUUUUAUAUAUGUAAUCUUGCAGUUGGGGAUGUUUUAAACUCCAAAGACUGUGUCUUUUUGCCAAGAACUGUAUUUACUAUGGUUGUAGACAAAUGUGAAAGUAACUUUAUGCUUAAUUAAAUAAAUUUUAAUUGACUUAAA